AUUGUGUGUCAAUUUGCUACAGCAACCACGUGGCGGACACGGUCAUCGCCUACAGCUCUGUGGGAUGGACCGAGAGAGAUGGAAGCUGCUACAGCCACCCACCUUCCAUUUUCGACAACAGCGCGUUCAAGGCAUCGGCUGUCAAGGAAGCCGACCGGGCACCUGACAUUAGGAGGAUUGCGCAGAUGAUGAGGAGGGACAAGCGGUACGCAUCGGACACAAAGAUGGGUCUUUCCUUUGAGCUCGGCACACUUGUCUACACUUUGAAGAAUCCUUAUCCGGGAAGCGUCGUCACUGACGAAAUGAUCAACGCCGAAUGUGUCACCCUCUUCGUCACAAACCUGGACGCUGCGCCUUGCAAGACCGAUUUGAAGUUCAGGCGUAUUGAACUAUUCACGGGCGUCAACGUGGCACAAGUGACCGGCGAUAAUACGAAGGCCAUGUUCUUCGAGAGCGAAGACACCCUCAACGCAAAGUGCCUCAAACUGACCGACAAUUCCACCUUCCUGCGGGGGGGCAUGUCCAUGCUGCUGCUGAACGCCCACCUCGGGGACCCCACCCAGAGCUGCCCCGGUCUGGACGGUCGUGAAAGGGGCGAGAUAUUUUGGCGAAUCGAAGUGGUCAAGACAGCGCUGAAAAUACCGUGACGCCGAGCCGCGACCAUGAAGCUUACGAGAAGUUCCGGACUGUGCGGCGCCAGGGGCGGUGUGCUUCAUUGUGCCUUGUCUCAUUUUGUGUGGUAAAUUGAUGCCGCCUGGGCAACUGCAUGUUUUUGUUCGCUGUCAUCACGUAGCCUAGC